CACUGGUACAGGUUCACCAGGAGAGGGACCACUGUGACCUUUCUUUUCAGUUUGCAUCCAUCCAUAAUGGCGGCCGCACUGAGAGGAAGCCUCUGUUCUCUGGCCAAGGGUCUGAGCGGUGCCCGGUUGCAGCCGCUGUGUGCCCGAUCCCUGAGUUUGACUGGCAGUCAGAAUGUUCCGGAGGCUCCCCCGGCACGUGCUGACAGCACCUUCAAGGUCACCAUGGUCCCUGGAGAUGGAGUCGGACCUGAGCUGAUGACUGCGGUCAAAGAUGUUUUCAAGGCAGCUGAUGUUCCUGUGGAGUUUGAGGAAUUUCAUCUGAGUGAGGUGCAGAACAUGGCCAGUGAAGAGAAACUGGAUGAGGUGCUGUCCUCCAUGAAGAACAACAGAGUCGCCAUUAAAGGGAAGAUUCACACUCCCAUGGAGUACAAGGGUGAGCUGGCAUCGUAUGAAAUGAGACUGAGGAGAAAGCUGGACUUGUUUGCCAAUGUAGUUCAUGUGAACAGCCUCCCAGGUUACAGCACUCAUCACAAUAACCUGGAUCUGGUUAUCAUCCGUGAGCAGACCGAGGGAGAAUACAGCUCUCUGGAGCAUGAGAGCGUUUCUGGAGUGGUUGAGUGCCUGAAGAUCAUCACCAGAGUGAAAUCUCGCCGGAUUGCCAAAUUUGCAUUCGACUACGCCACCAAAAAGGGCCGAAGCAAAGUGACAGCUGUACACAAAGCGAACAUUAUGAAACUCGGGGAUGGUCUCUUUCUGCAGAGCUGUGCAGAAGUGGCUGAGCUUUAUCCCAAGAUUAAAUACGAAAACAUAAUCAUUGAUAAUUGCUGCAUGCAGCUUGUGCAGAAUCCAUACCAGUUCGAUGUGCUCGUGAUGCCUAAUCUGUACGGCAACAUCAUUGAUAAUCUGGCUGCAGGGCUAGUGGGUGGAGCAGGUGUUGUUCCAGGGGAAAGUUUUAGCGCCGAGUAUGCUGUGUUCGAGACGGGUGCCAGACAUCCCUUUGCUCAGGCAGUCGGCAGGAAUAUUGCCAACCCCACCGCUAUGCUUCUCAGUGCAUCUAACAUGCUGAGGCACAUCAAUCUUGAGUAUCAUGCAAACAUGGUUUCUGAGGCUGUUAAGAAAGUCAUUAAGCAGGGCAAGGUGAGGACACGAGACCUAGGGGGUUACAGCACCACUGGUGACUUUGUCCGUGCAGUUGUGGCCAACCUUCGCCAUCGGACUGUUUGAGGAUGCUUGCCAAACCCAAUGUCUAUCCCAGAUCACCCUAUUCCUGCUACUUGUUUUCUGAAUAUUUUCAAAGCCCCUUUUAAAACCGUCCUGUUACUACUUUAUUCCUGUCCUCACUAUCUUUUUCGACAUUUUCUUCAUUCUCUUUUUUUUUUUCUUUUUCUUUUCAUUGCCUUUCGCUUUUAUUCCCUCACCUCCUUUUCUGCCCGGUUAUGUUUCUAUUUUUAUUUUCCUGAACUUCAUUCAUUAGAUUUCUUUACUUGGUGUUUCUCACAGUAUCCAUACUUGCCCAGUAUUAUGUCUGAUGUUGUUUUACGUUUGACUGUUUUUUUUUAUUUUUUAUUCUAAGCUGCUCUGCCUAUCUUUCAAUACAUUUCACAGUUAAAAGUGGGUUGAUGGGAAACAACACAAGUUGUCUCAUUAAUUAUUCAUGCAUCCGUUGGACUGUUGAGUUGACUGUUGUCAGUUGUCUGUUUUUCUCAAUGUCAAAAAAUAAAUAUAUAAAGACAAAUGGAUUAAACAUGGUCACUUUAACAGUCACUGGUAUUGUUUUGAGUGCUUGCAAUGUUUGAGGACUUUUUAUCCGUGUUCUUAUGAGUAUCAUUAACAAAGUGAAUAUGAAGAUAACUAGCGUCUUAAAUAAGCAGUGAACUUGUGUGCCCAUUGUGUGCUGAAAGUUUGAAAGGAAACCGUAUGCAUUUAUCGUGUGUGCACAUCACAUCCAUGUGAGCAGACAGCUGAAACCGUAUGAAAUAUAUUCCUUUCUUUG